CCUGCUGAUCGAUAGCGUGCGCACAUCUCAGCCAGCUAGAGAAGGGAUGUCUGGUUCCGGCUCGGGCUCCGGCGUGUGGGUGUUCAAGAACGGCGUGAUGCAGCUGCAGCCGGAGCAGCCGGCGGCGGGCCGGAAGGCGCUGCUAUACGUGCCCACCGGCGAGAAGAUGACGUCGCUGGAGCUACUGGAACGCCGCCUGGGAGCGCACGGCUGGGAGCGCUACUACGAGAACCGCGACAUCGUGCAGCUCCACCGCCGCGACGGCGGCAUCGACCUCAUCUCCCUCCCGCGGGACUUCACCAAGUUCCGCUCCACCCACAUGUACGACGUCGUCCUCAAGAACCGCGACAGCUUCAAGGUCGUCGACGUCCCAAGUUAAUUGACCCACUACACUCCAUCAUCAACGUCGCCUUCGAUCUCUUAUGCGACUAUAUGUGUGUGUGCUAUACAUACUCCACUCCUAAGUACUUUUGUAUUUGCUUAAGGCGUGAAAUCAGGGCGGAACGCAUCAAGGCAUGCAUGCAUUACGUCUGUGCCGUAGUAAAUUGCAAUUGUACGCGUGUGCAUGGUUUGUAGAAGGGUAGAGAGGGAGAUGGUGGAAUUGUUGAUGCAUUGUUUGAGGAUCGUGGGCAUAUAUUAUAUUGUAGUACAAUGACCAACUUAAAGUAUAAGAUAAGGUAGAAUAAAAUCCUACAUUAUCCU